GCUGAGAGCUUCGAUUAUGAUCUUCGAACAAGUUUUUAUUAUUUAACUGCCGUCAGCAUUAGAGAUUGUCGUUAUCAAUCAGUUUUUCUCUAUUGUAAUUUAGUAUAGUAUAUAGUAAUGGUAAUGAAUAAAGCAGUAAGAAUGAACUUAUCGGCAGCGGAAUCGCUAGUAUGAGUUUGUUGUGCGGCACCGAAGGAAGAACUAUGCUAUUUUCAAUGUGUUUCCAUGGAAAAGAAAAUUAUUUCCAUGUGUGUAAUUAAGCUAAUUUAGAGAUGGGUCGGUGUGAAUUUUCAACAAGGAUUAUUCCCGUAACGCUUGCCUGGACGCUGAUUUUAGGCUGCACCUCGCUUUACUUCGCAUUUGUUUGCCGUUACCUGCUGCAAACCUACAGCUAUGCAUUCCCUGUGUUCCAAGGUUUGCUAUCCCUUUUUGUCAUCCUCAACUUGUCUUUGGCAACCUUCAUGGAUCCAGGCAUUUAUCCCAAAGCCCAUGAAGAUGAGCAAGUGAGUGACGAUUUCCGGGCACCACUUUAUAAGACAGUCGAGAUAAAGGGAGUGAUGGUCCGAAUGAAAUGGUGCACAACUUGUCAGUUUUAUCGCCCACCACGGUGCUCCCACUGCAGUGUUUGCAAUAACUGCAUUGAGACUUUUGACCACCACUGUCCAUGGUUGAACAACUGCAUUGGACGGCGAAAUUAUCGUUUUUUCUUCAUGAUGCUGCUCUCUUUGUCCAUACAUAUGGUCAGCAUCUUCUCCCAGAGCAUCAUCUACAUCCUUCAUCAUAAGGACAAAAUUUCAGAACCAGGCCCUAUUGUUGUUAUAGUGGUUGUCUGCAUCAUUGCAAUGUCAUUUGUUCCUGUGUUUGGACUGACUGGAUUUCAUAUCAUGCUGGUAUCUAGAGGUAGAACAACCAAUGAACAGGUAACAGGAAAAUUUAAAGGGGGAUUAAAUCCUUUCCAUCGAGGUUGUUGUAAAAACUGCACCUAUGUUUUAUGUGGUCCACACUGGCCAAAGCUGGUUUCUUAUAUUCCAAAAACCCGCACAAUACAGAUAGACUCAUCUAAAGUCACAUACGUUGCAGCAGAUAAAGAUGUAAAAAUAAAUAUGGAGCAAGCGAAUGGUGUGCGUCCUCAUGGCAACUCCACGGUCGACAAUAGCAUAUCAUUACACACAGAGCAGUCACAGCAAGAAUUCUUUGACAAGGGCAGCCACGGUGUUGAUGGUGAAUUUUCUCCUCCCUCAAAGCACCAAUUGGGCUCGUAUAACAACCUCUUCGAUGCAUCUAACACCUCAAACCCACCAUCGAACUCUAUUAGCAGUACCAAACCAGCCAACAAUAACUCCACCACUUCUGUUGGUGCUGCUUUCAAUGCUGCCCAUCUGAAAGGGGGAAGCAGCCAUAAUUUACGAGGAGGAGAGAACCACAGCGCAGGGCCAAAGCCAGGUUAUGCCCAGCAAACAGUGUACCAUCGUGCAGCAUCAGCCUCACCACAGAGACAUCACCAUCAGCGCACUCCAACUGCCAGUGAUGAAGAUGAUUCUGGUCUUCGUUCUCCAUCUGGAGGAAGUUUGCCAACAAGUCCAAGUACUGAGCGGUUGGCAUCCAGGUCUGCACCCACGAGGUUCGUGGGACGACUGCAGGAUGGAAAUGCAAGAGAGAUGUCCAAUGUCAGAGCUGCAGGUCCAGUGGGUGCAAUGAGUAAUAAAGGGCAUGUGCCACAGCCAAUUAAAGUCACAUCUCCUUAUGUGACUGCACCCCCACCCCUGUCUGCAGGGGGCACUCUGCAUUCACCUUCUCCAGGAAGAGAAGGAUUCAUGUACAGGCCAGCAGCACCUUCCCCAGGAACGGCUGUGCGGGACCGCUCUCGAACAUUUUAUCGUGCUCGAAGUAGAUCACGAGAGAGUUUGAACCGUUCUCGAGAAAACAUAUCCCGGUCACGCGAAUACCUAAGUAGUUCAAAGGAAGGUUUGUCAAACUCUGAGGAAAUGCUCAACCGGUCGCGGGAAGCAAGCAUAUCCUCUUAUCAUUCCAUGGUGGGAUCAAUGGCGGGACCUGCUCAUGGACGGCUCGGCUCAGCAGGCAGUGCAGUAGGAAAUCACAGUGGUGCAGCUGUGCCCCAAAAUGCUGGUGGUGGUGAGGGACCUGAUGGUCGAGCAGGAGGGCGGCCCAUGACCUUUGUGCGUGCCCUUCAGAUGACAGAAGCAGCAGAAGUGAGGGAACGGGAACAGACGCAGAACAGUCGCCUGCGCCGAAUGCGCAAGGAAAGCAGCAGAAGUGUUUAUGACACAACAUACGAAGCAUCAGUUUAAUAUUGACAAAACGUGUAGUUUUCUAUUGUUUCAUUACGAUGAGUGACUUUGUGAGACAAAGCUUUUGUUAUUUAGAAUGUUGAAUUGCUGUUAGAUAUAUUUCCAGCUGGCUCUACUAGCAGUGAGAGGACCAGGCAAUUUGAGGGGCAGAUAGCUUUGUGCCUUUAGGCAUACUAGAAAUAUUUCUAGUUUCUGUGGGGUUGGGGUGGUGGAACCCAGAAAAGUUUUCAUUUUUUUAAAGAAUGUCGUUGAUUUUUUUUUUUAAAUUAACUUUUUCGUGAGUUUAAAUUAUGAUGUCUUAAAUGUGGAAGCUAGUAUAAAUUGCUGGUUCAUUUAUCAGAUGAUGUCAUAUCAGGGAACUUUGUAGGAAUUGUGUGAAAAACUUGUGAGAAAAAUGAAAGAACUGCCCAGUUGCUUAUGAUUCAUACAGUAGAAUUCUGAACAGCUUAGCAUGUUGAAAAUUUUGCAAGUUGUGACAUGAUGACUUGGUGAGCAAAACUAGCGUUUCUGGUUCACAUUCUAGUUCAGCAUGGGUUUACAGCCAAAAAAUAAAAGGCAGUGGUUACUGCAGCAGGUUAAUGACAGCAUUGUACCUGCCUGACAGAUUGCCUUGCAGAACAGAAAGAAAUAAGCAUGCAGAUAGGGGAACUUAUCAUUUCAUGCCUUUUGUGUCACCCUUUUGCCUGUGCACAAGGUGAAGCACAUUGGAAUGCAUGCGUUAGUGAUGUUUUAUGUGUGACUUUCUGGUACUGUUAUACCUCAUUUGUUGUGAUAACCAUACCUGCCCUCUGCCCCAUCUCUUUUCUUUGCUUCUGAGAAAGAGCUGCAAACAAACAAGCCAACAUUAGCUUCUCCAACCGUCCAAACUUGUUCUCCAUUUUUUUUCCCAUUUUCUUUAACAGCUUGAUAAUUUUAAUCCUUUUUUUUUUCAAUAACAAUCCUUAAGAAAUUAAAUACCAUCACUGCUUUCUGGGUAGACAUUAAAGCAAUGAGCUUUUGGGUUUUCUUGUGUCAUAAAAAUUACUAAAGCUUCAGCAGCUCAGUCUAGACCCAUUCAGUUUGAGCAGCUAUAGGUGUUCUUUAAGGAUUGGAACAUCAUUAUGGCUACUUAUUACAAAAAACAUUCACAACCAUGUGCUGAGCAUAACAGCAGCAACAAUACAAAAAUGUGCUUCUAAAAUAGAAUUCUUGAUUAUUUUGCACAAAAUUUUUCGUCAUUUUGUCCAUGUCCUGGUGUUAAUUGGUGAUUGACAUUCUGGUUUACUGCCAGUGAGGUUCAUCAUGUUGUCUACCAGCUUUUGACAGAAAAGGUCUUUAGUCUGUCCUCAAAUGCUUUAAGUUUACUAUUUUGUUUUCAUUUUGAUUUCUGUGUGUGGAAACUGAUGUGAACCAGUGUUCUCAUGAUCAUUAUUUAUUGAUUGAUUUUUAAUAAAUCAACAUCCAUAAACUGGUAAUAAAAUUGUACAUUAUUGUUACUUAGGCCAUUGGCAGUAAUCUACAGAAAGCAUUCAGUAAUGCUUCACUAGAUGAGAGAAAGGUGUUUUUUAAAAUCACAACACAAAUUUCAUCUUCUUCGUGCUUUUAUUUACAGCUGUUACAGAUGAAACAUCUGUUUGGUUAUUUCCAAAAGAAAGGCAACCUGUGCUGGUGCCUGGAAAGAAUAGAAAUCCCGUAUAGAUCAGCAGCUAUGACGUUGGGCAUGUCCAGCUUGUCUAACAGCUGGAUGUACAGUAGCGAAAUGAAGUAGUCUUCCCUACUACAACAUGAACAACAGAAUGCUUAUCAACAAUAGGAACUUUCCAAAUGUUUGUAUUUGAGGAUAGGACUGUCAUCAUCAUCAUCACUACAGUGUCUAUCUCGCUUCUAAAUUGAGAAUUGUCCAAAACAUGCAUGACAAAGAGCUUAUGGUUUAAUGUGUUGUUCAGUGGAACAUCAGAAAUUCACACCUCCCACCUUAUUUUCAAGUACAACACAUUAGUUUGCUUCUUUUUUCCUCAUGUUGCACCUUUCUUGUGGGCUUGUCGUGUCAUAUUCUUAAAUUGAUAUAAAGCUGUACAAGCCAAGAUUUCAAGACUGGGGUGUACGAUCUUUGUUCAUUCAUGACUUUCUCAUCUCUUAAAUGUCAUCAAAGCUGAGAGGGCUUAGAAAGUGUAAACAUCUAAAACAAAAUGUUUGGAACAAAUAAAAACAUGUACAUUUAAUUGCUAUGUCCAUGCAAGGAUUUGUCACAGUUAAUGGUGAAUAGUGACUGAUGUUUCAUUUCCACAUUUUGCAAGAUUCUUAUGAUUGAAUUCAUUCUUGAAUGAGCAGUGUGUGAAUUUUCAUUUCAUGAAUGGGCUCUUUUAUAAAGUCUUCAUUUAGCAACAAAAAUGGUUUUGAACAAGAAUCUGUGAAGCUUAACUGGUUGUUAAAUACAAUGAUUUGGAUUGCAGGAUGCCUUUGAGAGAACUAAGAUGGAGCAUUAUAUAACAUGACAAGUAUAAAAACUUGUAUUGAUUAUAGUAAUAUUGUAGGGAGUAUGGAGGAGAAAGGGGGAGAAGAGAGAGUGUGUGUAUUGAGAGAGAUGGGUGGGAAUGAGGGAAGAAUUACAAUGUUUAUAUAUUUUACUUGAUUGUGUAUGUGCAACUUGUGAACUUAAAUGGCAAAAGAUAUUCACCGGCUGUUGGAGAGGGCUGUUGAGGUGACUGCAUGGAUAAAGUAUGGUUGCAUGCAUAUAUAUGGGCGUAUGUAUAUGUGUUAGCGUCCAUCACAAGCAUGUUAUGGAUGCUUGUCAUGUAUGUAACUGGAUAGUUUUCAAUGUGUGAAAUGCCAGAUGUAAAUAUAUUCAUGUAUGCAGUCUAGAGUAUCAUGUACAAGCAAGUGUUGUUGGUCUUGACUAUUUUCUUCUCCUUGCAUUGGCUUUAUUACUGUGGUCCUUGACAGCUUAAGUGCUGUGUUACUUAAAGAUUUAAAAGUUUGUCAAAAAGAUUAAAAAGAACUUGUGACCCUUUUCAUCAGCUCUCCUCAUUUUCACCUGUCCAUUUAGAGGCAAAAAUUGGUUUGCAAGAAUUGUGCACCUUGCAAAAACAAAUAAAAUGUUUUGAAAGAAAUGUUCUAUUGGAUGAAUUUAGUAGCCAUCCUCAGCAUAUAAAUUUAUCGAGCACUAAGCUGAUGAAGGUGGAAGGAGGCAGUUCAUUGUGUCUCAUAUUUUGACAAGAAAUUUGGACAGAAGGUCCACUCAGUUUCCAUGCAUGUUGACAUCCUCUUCAUGUAGAUAGGUCACAUCCAAAGUGAAGUUUUCUUUUUCUACUUUUUCUUUUUCAAUAGUGUUUAGAAAAUGCUUCUGCAGGUGCAGAUGAUAGUGUUUUGUCUUCCGCGAUUUGUUUCAAAAUGCAAUUGUUAGUACAUUUAGAACCCAAACAUGAAAAUGCUUUUCUACGUUUAUUUCCCAGGAUGUUAAAAGUUCGGAACUUUAAAGGGUCCAGUAGUGUUACAGAUCUUUAGUUUUAGAUCAUACUAUCAUUAGCUACUUAAGAUCAAGUAUGCAUCAAUAGUAACAGUAGAGUGGGUCACUUUUUUUGUUUUAUUUAUAUAUGUUUAUCACAUAGACUUUCUAGCUUAUGAGACGUUUGAAAUUUAGCAUGUUUUUACUCACAAAAGCCAAACGAAAUCCUUCAUCCCUUUUAAUGUUCCAUAUUAUAAGCCACAGUUGUCUGAGAGACAGUACAGUAUUAGCCAAUCAAACCUCUGCACAAAAAACUUCUUUAGUGGGAAGGAAUUAUAAGGGUAAUAAUUUUUUUCUCCAUCAUUUGGUGGCUUCCAUCCAUACUAUCUUUGCAUUACAUUUGAAUAAUUUCUGAAGUUGGUAAAAAGUGCUUAUUGCCUUAUCCCCCAUUCUCCCCAAAACCUUUAAACCUGCCAGGGUAAUGCCAAGACAAAACACUAUGCUUGCUAACUGUUUCCAUUCUCCCUUACUUUUAACAUCAAACCAUUAGACACUUUUAACAUUCUUUCUUUGUUGCUACUUGAUAAUUUAUAUCCAUGCAUUUCUCAAGCUCCCAGUAGCGUUUGGUGCUGAUUUCCUAACUACUUAUUCCUGCUGCAUGACAUUGUCAAAAUCUGAGUUUGUUUUUUCUAUUAGGCAGAUUGUAGACAGAUGCUCACAGUUUUGUAUUAUUCUUCUAUUCAGCCUUUGCCUCCUGAUUCCCCUGACUGCUCCACACUUUUGGCAUUUUAUAUGAGACGUUCUUGUGCAUGUUGAGAUGGAUGUAGGUGGUCCUAAAAAAAUGUAGUGAUGGUUCUUUUCUUUGUCAUUAUAAUCAAGGUGCAUAUGGUCUUGUCCAUUCUGUAGAGAUUUUUGCAGAUUGUGUUUGAAUUUCAGCUGUGGCAUUUGUCUGUCUUCAGGUGAACACAAUCCACCCUCUGCUUAUGAGUUUCUGUUCUAGCUAAACUAAGGCAUUGCUGUGCAAGUCAUUUGUAGCAGAUUCUUAUUCUGUUGAAUUAUGCAGCUAGGAAGCCUGUAGAAAUGACUUAAAUUUCCAUUUUGUCAGUUUCAGAAAAAUUGAGUGUUCUGAUGAAACUAAACAUUUUGCCAAUUCCACAGAAAUAUUUUUGCUAAAAUUUUGUCAGUACUGCUAUUUGGAGGCUUAUAUUGCAUAAUUUUGAGUCACAGGUUUAAAAACAAGCAAACCAGAUCAUGUAUGAAAUGCCAGAAGUGGUGGAUUGGAAAGAAUAGGAAAUUUGAAGGCUAUAUUUACUUUAGGAAUAAAUUUAGAAUGGAGGACUUCAUGCAUGCACACACACAAAACUUUAAACAAUGCACUUUCUUAACAGCUAAAUUAUUCCUUUAAAGUUCUUUUAAUGCUAGAUCAUUCACUUAUCAGUGUGUAUGUGUGCAUUUUAUUUAUUUUUUUGUGGGAGUCUAGAAUGGAAGCACUCCCUUACCCUUUCAUGGAUUUUUUGAUUGCUUAUUGAAAGAUUUGUAACUGCAUUUCAUAGAAUAAUUUAAACCUGUUGUGUUCGUGAUGAGAGGUACAAGACGAAAUUGGCAAAUGUACGGAGUGUUUUAAACUUUCGUCAUGUUAAAAUUGCACAUACUAUUGUGAUUGAAAAAAAUAAAAUAUGUUUUAUAAAUAUC